UUUUUUUUUUGUUAUAAGGUAAUUUAUCUGAGUCAUACUUUUAUUGAAAGUCAAAUAUGCCGUCAUCGUACAAGACGCAAUCUUUGUAUGUAUGUUUGAUCAAUUCAACUUAUUUAUAUUUGUAUAUUAUAUAUAAUUACACUGAAUGCACAGUGCACAUAAAAAAUAAUUACUUCUUGCUCUCCAAACUAAUGUUUUUAUAAACAUAAUUAAAAUAGAUAUGGAAAUCAGAUUCAUUUACGUGAAAAAUGAGGUUUUUUGGGACAACAAUUCCUUUUUAAAAUGUACGGUUGGUAUAGGGAUGAGCCAUGACCGACGAGUGACUACAGCGCGUAUCUAUAUAUAUAUAUAUAUAUAUAUAUAUAUAUAUGUACAUAUUUCCUCCUUCAAUGGCUGUGUAACUAGGGAUAAGUUUGGGCAUCUGGACCUGAGUGGGGCCUACGCUGCCCACAUGUACGGCCCAAAGAUUGCCGGCCGGCCGGCCUGAGGCAUCGGGAACCUAGAUGGAAGCAGCGGAAAGUGAAAAGAAAUCAGAAAUCCAAAUCCAAUGGCGUGGUGGUGGCGCCGGCUCAUCCUAAGCUCCAAACUCUCCCAGUACAAAACCCUACUCCCUCCCAUCUCUUCAAACCCUAAACCCUUAAUCUCCUUCUUCUCCACCUCCUUCCUUCGCACCAAAACCCCAAAAAAGCACAAGAAAAGGAGAAAACCCAAGGAAAGUCCCAGAACCAAACUCGUUCAGUCGGAGCCUAAUCGCCUCUCCCACUUUGAACUACUUGUCCAACGCGACUCCUUCUUCAGAUUCUUCACCAAAUCAAAAGAUUUUCUCUCCAAACAGCCCGACCACGUCCUCCGCUUCGAUGACGCCGGCAAACUCCACCGCGAGCUAGGCUUUCCCCGUGGCCGCAAAGUCAUCCGCUCCAUCCAGCGCCACCCCUUGAUUUUCGAGACGUAUCGACACACCGAUGGAAAAAUGUGGUUCGGCUUUACGGAUUUUAUGGAGGACCUAUUGGAGGAAGAGAAAUCCAUUAUGGAGUCUAUGGAGACGGAAAGAGUUACUACGGUGCGGAAACUGCUAAUGAUGUCUGCCAAGAAGCGGAUUCCGUUGAGUAAAAUUUAUCACUGUAGGGCAUUGUUUGGGAUUCCGGAGGAUUUUAGGGACCGGGUUUCCAAGUAUCCGAAUUAUUUCAAAAUUGUGGUUGAAGAUGAUGGGAAGAGAGUGCUUGAACUAGUGAAUUGGGAUCCAUUGUUAGCCGUGAGUGCGCUGGAGAGGGACUUUAUGAUUGAUGAGGAUCGGGUUAAGAAGGCAUUUAAGUUUCCAGUGAAACAUGGGAAGGACUUGGACUUGGAUGAGGGUGAUGUGAGGAAGUUGAAUUUGUUGAACACUCUCCCGCUCGUCUCGCCAUACUCGGAUGGAUCAGGAUUAAAUAUUUGGACUUUGGAGGCAGAGAAGUAUAGGGUUGGGGUGUUGCAUGAGUACUUGAGCAUGACAUUGGAGAAGAGGGCUUCUAUACAUCAUAUAGUGGAGUUCAAAGAAGAGUUCAGUUUGACUAAGCAUACCUAUCAGAUGCUUCUGAAGCAGCCCAGGACAUUUUAUUUGGCAGGGACGGAGAUGAAUUGGGUUGUUUUCUUGAGAGAUGCUUAUGAUGAAAAUGGAGUCUUGAUGAAUAAGGAUCCACAGGUGGUCUUCAAUGAGAAGCUUUUUGAAUAUGCAGAAAUGCAAGAUAUGGAGUCUGAUUCUGGUAUAAGAAACAAACGUAGAGGUUAACAGUCUGCAUGUCUUGUUAUUUGUCAAGCUGUACUUGGGACUUAAGUUCCUGAUGACAGUUCAUAGGGAGAAAAAAAAUUUAGGGCAAUGAGGGAAGUUAAAGGUAGAUUGACAGCAAAUUUUGUGGUACAUGUACAAGGCUUCUGAUCAAAAGCCAACGGGCUAAUUAUGUCUGUUCUUAUUGCAACUCUGAGGAAUUCUGAAGGUUAGUGAAAGAUUUCUGCCAUCAGAUAUCAGUGUGUCUAUUUCCAGGUUAGUUGCUAUUCUUUGGAAAAACUAGAUUAGUUAUGUAGAUAGUGUCAUCCCCUAGCAUGAUAGGUUCUGUCUUCAUGAGUUGCUUCCACAACCCAAAGGGCGUAAUAUUUUACAUUGAUCAAAGUUGAUAUGUCAUUUUCCUCUUUAAAGGGAAGUGCAUCAAGCAUGUGAUAGUUGAUAUUGUAGAAAUUAAACAUAAACAUGAGGAAGCAUGCCUGGAUGACAAGGAAACUAAUUUGGGAGUACUCAUAAAAGUGCUUUUUGGCUAUAUCUUCUCUACUAGUAGCACUUCUAUUAGAAAUGCUUUUAUAGAUAAUCAAUUAGUAUUUGGAUAUAAACUAAAAAAGUUUGGUAGUGUUUGUACUAAUAAGAUACAUAACAAAAAUUGAUUUUUGGAAAAGUACCUACCAAGUGCUAAAUCCAAAUUUUAGAGCGAUUUUUUGAAAUUUUCCAAACAUCUAACUUAGAAAGUGCAUCUAGUGCUCCUAGAAAACUCCCAAAGACACUCUAAGUUGGAUUAAGAUCAACCCUCCAUUCUACAUAUGUAACAUAUCCUGGAUUAGUGCUUAACAUUUCAUAUCCUAUUUUGUAUAAAGAUUUUUUAAAUUUUAUGUCAUUGCUGCAUUAAGUCCACAAUGCAUCUCUUGUUAAGUGCUCUUAAUCUUAGCAUCUAUUUGCCUAUCAGGAGGAAAAGAAUGUCCAAAUUGAUCUCAAAUCUUAUUUUUUGUGGCUUGAGACUCUGUUUAAAGAUUUAUUCAUAGUGCAUAAACCUUAGGGUGUAUUCAUAGUGCAUAAGCCCUAGGGUGCAUUCUUCCAAAUUAUUGUGCCAAUUUUCAUCAAGUCGUAAAAAAGUGAUUUUAUGCAUUAGCUUGAUCAGCUCUCCUUUUGGAUGAGAACUCUAUAUGUGGAUCUGCAGAUUUAUGCUGUCCCUUUUCUUGGCACCCAGGCUUUCCUAGAAUAGUGGCUGUUUCUAUAUGCUUUAUGGUUUAGUCUCCAAUUUAAUUUUAUUAUUUUAUAGCCUAGUUUUCAUUUAUUUAAUUUGAUUAUUUUGUUUUCCCUGUUAUAUUGCACCCAACUUUGGUAUAAAUCUCUCUCUAAGGUAGACUAUAGAACAUGGCAGGUCCCACUAAAGAUGGGAGGGAAUCAUUUAUUCAUGAAAUCUUUUAAACUAGAUGAUAUAUCUAUGGUGAUUAUCCAAUUUUAUUUGCUUGUCCCAUUGGGGUCACAGGUCUGUACCUUUAUAUUCCAUAUGCCAAUAUGAUUACAAUCAUUUAACUUACAUAUGAUUACAAUUAUUUAACUUACAUGGGAUGUUUAACCUAUCAAAAAAAACUUACAUGGGAUGUCUAAUGCCUGUCUGGCCACAAUUAAGUGAUGCAUAAAUGCAUACUUUCCUUGUUUGACAAAAAAAUUUAAAAACCUGUGCUCGUCUAUUUUUGUAGCCAUGUUUCCAGAUAUCUGUCUGAUGGAUUUGUAUAAAAGUAAUUUGAAAAGCUUUUCCACACCAGUACUUUCUUGUGCAUGUCAAGGACAGAAAAAGAAUGAUCCACUCCAUGGGCCAUCUGAUGAGUGUCGGGGACCCUCUUAAGAAAUAAGACAUUUAGGAUUUAGUGACAAAUCAUUCAAAUUGGCCGCUCCCAAUCCAGUGUUCGACCAGGUGAAAACAUUUAUAUUGUUAAAUUGUCGAUUUGGACGUCUAUCCCUUGGCUCUCUUUCAUGGGUCUCUUUCAAAUCCCCCUUGUCUUAGCAUCCAAUGACAGAAUGUUUUUUUUUUGGUCUCCUCCAUAAACAAAUAGGACUAGAUUUUACUUGAGGGGUUGCACUUGAAAAGGAGAAGAGGCAGCAGAUAGCCUUAUAACUUGUUGGUCUUUAGUUCAGACCAAUCUUCAAUAUAUGCCUUUGCACGCCAACCAAAAUAACACUGGAUCUUAUAAAAAAAAAAUGGGGCAGUUAGUGGAAUGCCAACCUAAAAUUUUCUUUUUCAAUUCUUAACAGCCUUUUGCCUUGCACUCUAGGGAUGAAAGUCUUGCUUGGUCAUAUUGAGAUAUGGUUUCUAGGUACGAGAUGCCAAAGGCGUGUUCCGUGCUUUCCUCCCUUUCCCAAUCGCUUUUAAGCUUUGUUUUCCAAUAGGAAAGCGAGAACAUAACUCUGUUGACCUAGAAGUCACCAGAGGGGCAGUUUCGCUCCGUUGGAAGCUCUGAUGCCAGCUAUUUCUUCAUUCCCCUGCCUUCAUUGCGGGGUGGACCAACAUUCUCUCUUGAAUGCAACACAUGUGGGACAGGUGUGCGGAGCAGGAGGAUCACUUAAUGUUAGACGUCUAUGAAUCCAUGAUUUAGCUGGCAGGAUGAGUUCCAACUGCUCCCCUUCACUAUUUCUAAGGAAAUCUUCUUUUUUGGCAGGAGAAACUAUCCUACGGUUUAUUAUAUAACCUAUUACAAGCUCAUGCUUUCCAAUAUGAUUUGUCUUCAUCUUGUUUAGUUUUUUUCUUCUUUUUCAAUUGGGGAAAUGAAAAAAGAAAAAAGAACCCCAUUUCCUAUGGAUUCAAAUAUUGUGAAAGAAGUAAAUCUCACAUAAAUUCCAAACUGUUAAGAGUGUUGGGGGGGUUUUGAGGGGGGGGGGGGGGGGGGGUGGGGGGAUUAACCAUUAUGAUGAUCCACGCUUGAACCAAACCUUUGAAGGAGACUGAUAGGGGGCAACAGACUUAAAUUGAGUCACCAUAUUAUUUUUUUUCAAAAAAAGAAACAACCACUACAUGGAAAUCAUAGCGGGCCAUGAGACAUCCACCAUGGUAUGACACUGCAGAUACCGUUUCCACUAGACAAAAUCAAGCCAGAAUUGCAGACAUUCUUGGUAUUCAAUGAAAAACUCAAACUGAGCUACCUACUGAAGCUAGAAAGUGGGUAGCUUCAGCAAACUAGCUUACUGGAUGAUGAACAUAAGACAAAACCAAAAAAAAAAAAAAAUACAGAUUCAACAACAUGCCUUAAGAUUAAAGGGAUGCAUAUUCCAGAAACUUGGCCUUGAGAUUUUCACCUGCAACCAUAA